CAUUUUGUGCACAUAGAGGCGCUGAUGGAUAAAAACGACGCGAUGACCGCUUUCAGUUUAGGUUAUAAAGUUCUAGAAGUCUCGCGUCAAAUAACCGACCAAUAUUUAACGGUUGAUCAAACGCGCAUAGGCAAUUCUAAUUUUUAAUCUCUUCGAAACAAAGGGUUAAAAUUUUAGUGAUAAAAAGAGCGAGAAUAUAGCCUAAAAAGUGAUUUGUUUUUCGACCGGCGAUUUCAUCAUGUCCAUCGAAAAGGCAGAAUAUCUGGAAGUUGGGAAGACCAUAUGACGCAAGAGCAAUCAGAAAUACACCUGAUCCCAAACUGUCCAGAUCGGCAUUCUUUGUAAGAUCGCGUAAAAGUUUAUAAACGUACGUUUACAAAAUUUUUGCGACUACCGCAGCUACGACGUGUUAGUUCACUUUUUUUCACGCCGCGAAAACAACGCGACGUCGCCAGGAACGCGAGCUCGAAGAUGAUGCUCUCCAUUCGGCAAGCACUGCGUCUGAGUGCGCGUGUGGCGUGCAAUCAACGAGUAGUAGCGUGUUAUCAAAUUUCGACCUUGCACGAGCCAUCGCCAAGCGGUAUUGGAGCACUUCGUACAGCUCAAGUACGGCUCGCUCACGAGAACGGCAGCGAACGCAGAGAAUUGGCCAAGUUGGAAGGAAAGAUGAGAUUGAUGUUCACGUGCAAGAAAUGUGGCACGAGAACCAGUAAGCUGAUAUCGAAGCUGGCGUACAAUAAGGGAGUUGUGAUAGUGAGGUGCGACGGUUGUAAGAACAAUCAUCUGAUCGCCGAUAAUCUGGGCUGGUUCUCGGAAAUAAAUAACAGAAUAAAUAUCGAGAAACUCAUGGAAUUGAAGGGUGAAACUGUGCGGAAGAUAAUGAAUGAUGUGGACGGCUAUUAUGAGGCAAUUUCAAAGGAGGAGUUCAAGUUGCCAAGCAAGGACACUAGUGAGAUGAAAUCGGACGAGAAUAAAAUUAAAAUAAAUGUGGAAUCAAAGGGGAGUUGAAAUUCCCUUUGAAAACUAGCUUAUCCCUUAAAUAAAAGAAUAGUAAUAAGUGUAAGCAAGUAUGAAAUGUUGUGUUACAAUUUUAUUGCGUAAUUUGUAUUUAUAAUAUAUAAAAUUGAUGAAUAUAGUCACUGUAAAAUGUAUGCAAGUCGUUUCAAAAGAAUACACUGAAAAAAAUUAUGUUUAGAUAAAUGUAUUGUCUUGUUGGCUGAAACAUUAUCUUAAAACAUAACAAAAUUCGUCUGCAGAUAUAAAUUUUGUUAGCGACAUUGAUAAAACAAAUUCACAUAGAUAUUAUAUAUGUAAGAAUCAAUUUUACUCGUGUAUAUAAUUUUUUAAAUAUAUUCCUAAUGAUACAUCUGUUAAAACUAACAAUACUUGUUCUAGAAAAUAGUUUUCAUCUUACAGGCCUGUUCAAUGUGUUUUAGAAUUCAUUGAUUAGCGCAGUUCUUAUCAAUAAUCUUCUAUGUAUAUAUAUUAAUUGAUAUUUCAAUGGUAGACCAUUUGUUUGGCACAAAGGACAUAUUAUAAACGGCUUCUCAAUAAAUUCUUAAAAUUAUUAUGGUACUUAUACAAUUUUGUAAAGAUUCUGUAAAUAAAAAAAUAUAUAUAAAAGA